GCUCACACGCAUUUGUAUCACACCUCCCUCGCCCUCACUUAGUAACACACCUCACACCUCACACUCUGCCCAUUGCACUGUACUCUCCUCUGACCCUCUUUUCAACCCCUUGAUGCUUGCCAAGACUAGCAAAAGAUCCAAAACUUAUCCAUAAUCGGAGAUAAAUCGCAAUCAAAUCGCAACUCAUCGCGGUAUAGUGAGUAAACAUGGUUAAAGUGAGGGUCUGAUCUCCACACUACUACACCAUUCGAAAGGGUACAGGCCCAAAAUAAUGAAAGGACAUUAGCAAAUCAACCCUGAUUCAGUAAUUACCAUGGCCUUAGAGGGAGAGACGAGAUUCGAGAAUCCUGCACAACAUCAUUCACAAUUCGAAGGAGAAGAAGAAGUAGCAGCAGAAGAGGAGUUUCCAAAUACCCUACCCAGAUCCGAUCACAUCUCCACUACGAACACUUCACUCGCAUCUUCGCAAUCACAAUCUCAAUCUCAAUCACAAUCACGCUCAAAUCAACCCUCACAAUCCCAUUUUCCCAUCCAAACUUUGCCACGAACCUCAAUCUCUGAAGCAUCGGCGCGUUCGGAAGAAGAAUUGUUAGAGCCAGAUGCUGCUACAGCUCUCGCAGAUUUACAUCCAAUAGAUUCAGAUAUGGAUUCACAACCGUCGGGUCAUCGGCGGAGGAGGAGUAGCAUGAUGAAUAACAUAGAUGGGAGUUUGCGAGCUCCAAGAGCAAAGCGGUCACCGAGAACAUCGACAAUUGGAGUGGAUUUGAAAUCCGGAGAUAGAGGGUCGGACGACGAUUCGAGAUCAACUAGUGAUGAUAUGGAAUUAAACCAUUUCUCAGAAGAGGGCGAUUUACAAGAUGACGAGGAGACGGGGUUGACUGCUAAAUCCAAAGCGAAACGAAAGAAGAAGAAGAUACGGCAUCAAUCAAUGGAUCAUAGAAUUGCGGGAGAAAUCAAAGUAACAAAAGAUGAGCAAAAAGAAGCGGAUUGGAAUGUUGUAAGGAAGAGUUUGAUGAAUGGAGUUCUAAUAGGACUUUGGUAUACAUUUUCUCUAUCAAUAUCUAUAUAUAACAAAUGGAUGUUUGACCCAAAACAUCUUAAUUUCCACUUCCCUUUAUUUACAACCUGUAUGCAUAUGCUAGUACAAUUCUCACUCGCGAGUCUCGUCCUUUACUUUCUUCCUCAAUUCCGACCUCGAUACGAUUCCAUAUCCAACCCUCAUAAUACACAUGUAUCGGAUUCAGAUAUGGCUCAACAUGAGGUGGAUUCGAAGAAACCGUUAAUGACGAGAAUGUUUUACUUUACGCGCAUAGGACCCUGUGGAAUGGCAACGGGUUUGGAUAUUGGUCUUGGAAAUAUGUCCUUGAAAUUCAUAACCCUUACAUUUUAUACAAUGUGCAAAUCCUCAGCUCUAGCAUUUGUACUUCUAUUCGCAUUCGUAUUUCGUCUCGAAACCCCUUCAUGGCGUUUAGUUGGUAUCAUAUUCACAAUGACAAUUGGUGUGGUCAUGAUGGUAUUUGGCGAAGUGGAUUUCUCAACCAAAGGCUUCGUUCUUGUUAUAUUUGCCGCAUUUUUCUCCGGUUUUCGUUGGGGUUUAACACAGAUCCUUCUUCUUCGCAAUCCAGCAACUUCAAACCCUUUCUCUUCGAUUUUUUACCUAGCCCCAAUCAUGUUCGUCUCGCUUCUCGUCAUCGCUACCCCCGUAGAAGGAUUUUCCGGCCUUUGGCAAGGUCUUAAAACUCUAGUCGAAGUAAAAGGUCCAGUUUUCGGUCCUUUACUUCUUCUAUUCCCUGGUUGCAUAGCAUUUUGCAUGACAGCUUCUGAAUUCGCUCUGCUGCAGCGUACAUCUGUCGUUACUCUAUCCAUUGCAGGUAUCUUCAAAGAAGUAGUAACGAUUUCAGCCGCAGGAUUAGUUUUCCAUGAUCCUCUCACCCCGGUCAAUAUUUCAGGUCUCUUCGUCACAAUAGGUGCAAUCGCAGCAUAUAAUUGGAUCAAAAUUCGAAAAAUGAGAGAAGACGCUCAAGAUGAAGCACGUAGAAUUCAUGAAGCGACGGAAAGAGCAAGAGAAAGCGGAAGUGAUGCGGAUGGUGAAGAUGGAGAAAGUGAUUGGGAUGGUCAGGAAGGUAGUUAUGUUACAAGUGAUGGCGAUGUGCUACCUAAUCCGGAUAGAUUCCAAGUUAAGAAGGGGGAAAGCUCAAGAGCUGAACAUGCACCAUUGGUGGGUGGCAGUUCCAAGAAGGAUUUGAGUGAUUGAUUUAUUAUUGAUUGGUUGAUUGGAUAGAUAGGUAGGGGAUGGGUGGUAUCAUUGAAUUGAGUUGGAUUCAACCGCGAUUUCAGUAUAGAUAUUCAUUUUCAUAUCAAGAGGAGCCAGACGGUGAGAGAAGAGGAGAUGAGGUAUAUAUUUAUAUAAAUAUGAGCCCCAUAUUGUGGGUAUGCAACGAAAGCAGGUGAUAGCAUGAAAUUGGAUGGGAAUACCCGGCGUUUUUUUGUAUGCAUUUUAGAUACGUACCUAGGUACAUUGUCUGAGGUGGUUAUUUUUGGAUGGGUUUGGGUGGUAAUAAAUAUGUGGAUGGAUGGUUGGAUGGAUGGUUGGUUGAUUAUUCGGUUAGUAGCAUAGCAUAGCAUGCGUGUGAAGACAUUUGAUUUCCUGGAUAAAAAUUGUAGAAAUGCUUGAUUGGAUAUCA